GCCUCGUCAUGUGACAUCUGCGGAGCUUUGCUUCGUGGAUUCUUUGGCGCGUCUUUCACGAGACCAACCACGCCUUUUACGUGACGAACGUCCAUUCUUCGAAACUUCGAGCCCCCACACGUGCAAUGCCCACCAGAUCGGGCACGUCGUCGUCCAGCAUGCACACUCGAGCGUCUUUUGGGUCCAGCAUACUUGAGAGUUCUCCAGCACGGCUAUCACCGACACGAAAUGGCGUCCGCAACCACCGCGCAUCAGUCGCUCGAGAUCCCUACGAAAGCCCUUCCCGGCAGAUGCAGCUUGAGUUCAAUUUGAGACUCAACAUAUCUGAUCGGAAUUUCAACGAGCAACUCGACGAAGCUGCGGCAGAACGCGCAAGGCUACACGAAGAACAGCUUGCACAAGCUGCCGAGGAGCAUGCAAAAGUGCUAAGAGGCGCAGAAUUGGAGCUGCAAAGAUUGACACUGGAAGAGGAAAAGGUGCGUCUACGGAGUCAAGAGGAGCAGCAAAGGGCGAUCGAGCAGCUGCAGAGGGAAAAGGCACAGCAACAGGCAGAAGCACAAAGACGGCAGCUCGAAGCGCAGCGGCGAGAGGAAGAAAUUGCGAGGCAGGCCGCCGAACACCAGAGACAACUUCAGGAGGCGGAAGCACGCCAAAAAGCGCAAAAGGUGCAGGAGGCUGCUGCAGAGAGGCAGAGGAAAGCAAAAGAGGAGGCAGACAGGAGGGCAAAGGAGACUGCAGACGCUGCAGAGAAAGCUCGAGCACAGCAGGCCGCUCAGCAGGCCGCCCAACAACCAGCAGCACCAGCUGUACGAGCUUCACCAGCCGUCGCACCACAACUCACCGCUACUUCGAAAGCAUCCGGCACCGCACAAGCACCGAACACUGCCAUCGAGACCAUACACACACAGUAUCUGGAACUCCACCGGCGCAUGAAGGCGUUCAGGGUGGAUUUCUGGAAUGCAAACAAGAAGCCUGGGCAACCGCUCAAAACAGCCAUCGGCGAUGCGCGUCGAAACAUGCGUCUGAAGCUUGGCCAGAUCAACGUCGCACGUGCAACGAGCCAGGCGGCAAUCAAGAGCUUGCGAGCAGACUCAUUCGAUGUCGCACUCACCACCCCUGGCCCAACGGUUGACAUCCGCCCAUUUCUCGUCAGCCAAACACUGCCGCCUCUCGCCAACGAGCAGGAAGCGCAAUACCCAGCCUUCCUCUUAUAUAUGUGGAUAAUGUUCGAGAAGUUCCUGCUUAAGCAAUUUGAAAAGGAGGCCUCUAACGAAGACGGCCGCAUCAUCCAGGAGAUCGGCCUGAUUGCCGCCAGUCUCUUCGCCGACCAGAAGUACAUGUGGAAAGGUAUUUCUCUGAUCGAUGUCCUCCUAGCGAAAAUGCACCAUAUCUGCCCCAUCCUUUUCGGCGUGCGUGGCAACAUGAACACUGUCCAGGGCCAGAAGCGCCUCGGCUGGAUGCCCAUCGACAAGCAGCCCCCGACCGGCGAGAUCUACAUGCAGCGCAUCCGCGGGCUGUCAGCAGGGUUCGCGGCGAUGUCGUUGCGCUCGUUCAAGACGGUGCCUGCGCUGCCCCUGUCGGAGUACUGGCGCAUCGUUGUACACGUUUGCAACACACCGUCUGAGCAUUUGUAUCCUGGCCACUUCGCCAUCCUUGGUGGCUUGCUCAGAGACUUCUACAAGAAGUUCCUCGGCUUCUAUGGCGUGCAGGCUCGCGGCGUGCUUAGGCGCGCGAUUGUUGACUUGCCUGCUCGUGCGCCCGAGCGCUGCAAGGAAGCGGCCGGCAUCAUCAGUGUGUUCCAGGAACAGUGGAAAAAGGAGAACUUGUUCUUAAACUAAAGUGUUUCAAGGGAAGGAGGUGGUUUGAAAGACGGAUUGGAUAUGGCAUGGGACUCUAGGGACGUGGGUUGCUGCAUCUCUUUGUCACAUAUUGAUUACUUGCAUCUAUCGGCGUUCCCAGCAUAGCAUUACGCUCUUGGGUGGACUCUUUGUCAUACGGAAAAGGUGAAAGAGCAAUGAUCUGAGCCGCCGCCACGUCAAAUGGAAAUGUCACGCUCGAGUCUAAGCAAGCUGCGACAACUGACAGUGCUGACAUUUGAAGUCUAGUUAAAAAGAACCCCGUUAUCCAGAAGAUUUACUUGCACGCCUAUCUCAUCACUCACCAGUCAUUCUAACUCUCAACACUCUUCUUCAAACUAAUUCGAAUCCUCUCCGCACUCAUCACCCCUGCCCCAUCGCUCGCAGCCGGCACCGUACACCACGCCGGCACCGCCCCCGGACA